AGACAAUCCAAGCCCAGAGGAAGUCAGCUUGUAGUUUGUUUAGUAUACCAUACUAAACCGUAACUGUCUGCGUUAAAAGCUAUCGCCAUUUUCGGAGAUAGUGUAGUAAAAUGCCCAUAUUUGAUAGUUUGGGAAGCGGAGGAGAGAAGACUGCUAUUGUGCUUGAUUUAGGAGCGGCAUACACAAAAUGCGGCUUUGCAGGGGAAACGGGGCCCAGGUUCAUAAUUCCAAGCGAGAUCCGGAAACCGGGACAGCAACAGGCCACCAAAGUGGUGCAGUACAACAUCAACACAGAAGAGCUUUAUGCUAUCCUCAAAGAGUUUAUCCACAUUUUAUACUUCAGGCACCUGUUGGUGAAUCCUCGCGACAGAAGAGUGGUGAUCAUCGAGUCCAUCCUCUGCCCGUCCCACUUCAGGGAGACCCUCACCAAGGUUUUCUUCAAACAGUUUGAGGUGCCCUCUGUGCUGUUCGCUCCCAGUCACCUCAUGGCCGUCAUGACUUUAGGCAUCAACUCUGCACUUGUGAUGGACUGUGGAUACACAGAGACACUCGUGCUUCCUAUUUAUGAGUGUACUCCCAUCCUGCCUGCCUGGGAGGCUUUGCCGCUUGGAGGGAAAGCCAUUCAUAAAGAGUUGGAUGGGUUUCUUGUGGAGCAGUGCACUGUAGACACGGACACCACCACUGGGCAGAGUGUUCCAGCUGCCAUUGGCACUAUCCCAGAGGAAACAGUGGAGGACAUAAAGGUCAGAACUUGUUUCGUCAGUGACUUGCAGAGAGGCCUUAAGGUCCAGGAGGCCAAAUUUAACUUGGACGGUACAGCAGAGCGUCCAGCCCCUCCUCCAGAUGUUGAUUAUCCUCUGGAUGGAGAAAAAAUUUUGCACGUCAAAGGAUCCAUCAGGGAUUCAGUGAUGGAGCUGCUGUUUGAACAGGACAACGAGGAGAAAAGUGUGGCAUCUCUGAUCCUCGACGCUCUAGUGAAGUGCCCCAUUGACACGCGGAAAGUGCUUUCUGAGAACCUGGUGGUGAUCGGAGGCACAGCCAUGCUUCCUGGCUUCCUGCAUCGCCUGCUAGCUGAGAUACGCCUCCUGGUGGAGAAACCCAAAUAUAGCAACGUGCUGGCUAGCAAGAACUUCCGUAUCCACUCCCCACCUGCAAAGCCCAACUGCACUGCAUGGCUUGGAGGCGCCAUCUUCGGGGCCCUUCAGGACAUUCUGGGCAGCAGGUCAGUGUCCCGGGACUACUACAACCAGACUGGACGCAUCCCAGACUGGUGCUGCUUGAGCUCCCCUCCUCCUGAGUCUUUCUAUGAAGCAGGGAAGAACCCUCCUCCACUAAUGAAGAGAGCUUACUCUAUGGAGAAAUAAAACAGUCAAGCUUUUCCACUAGACACCUUAGUAGACUUUCCUGCAACAUCUCCACUCUUGUUAAGACUAACGUGUUCCAUUUUGGAUAUCAACUAGAUGAGUUUUUUUACAGAUAAAAAAAAUAAAAAUGCUUAUUUAUGUUUUCCUGUUUUGCAUGUGUUAUAUGUAGGAAUCAUUUCUGUAUUAAAAUCACUACAAUUAACAAAAAGAGUAACAGGAGAGCAUCAUCAAUUAUGAUAAAUUUGUGUAUGCUAUGAGUAAUUAGAUCAUUACGUGUCUGCCGUCUCAUCAUGCUGAAUGAGUCCGUACGUGUGUUAUCACACUUAUUCAAGAUUUGUCUUGGUAGUAAAUCAUAACUUCUGCUGAGUCUAAGAGAAAUGCUAAAGAUGAUGACUCCUAGUCAUCAGUUUAUUAACAGUGUUGCUUCAUUCAUCUGAUCAUUAUAUGUUAGAGUGGAGAAGAAACUUGAUUGUAACUGUCAUUACCCAUGAAGAUAACAAACAUUUUGCACUUAUUUAUUGUUUAUACUUGGCAGUUUGAUGUGGGUUUUCAGUAUCUCCUCAGGCCUUAAGGGCUCUGAAGGAAUUGACUCGAUUUUGUUAGUAUAUUAUAAUACGGUAUGGAUUAAAAGGUAGAUACACAAAAAGCUACAGACAGUUUGCUUUGUAUAUGCAGCAUUAGCAUUUGGCUGGUUGGAGGUGUAGUUUCUUUGAAAAAUACUCUGUAAACAUUAAAAACUACAAA